AUGCAGUCCAACGAACAAAAUGCUCCAUCAACCCCAUCUUCGGCUGCUGCAUCAUCCUCUCCUAAUUCAUCAUCAUCAUCCCCCACCUACCCCACUAAACAUGUAACACAGACGGCCUCCCCUCUCUACUAUGAAUCAGAAGCCCAUGCUGUAGCCACAUACGCUCCGGCAAUCACUCAAGUCCCACCAGCUGCUACCCGAAGAGUCUCUGGAGGAAGGCCCCAGCGCUCCAUCUCAUCUCUUUCUUCUAUCUCUGCGUCACCAUCAGCUCUAACUGGCUUUGACGAUCUGGCUCCUCAUAACUAUGCUGGCAUGUCCUACAAUGACACUUAUUCUCAGCAACAGCAGCAUCAACAACAGCAGCAGCAUCAGCAAUCGCAUCAACAAUACCAACAUCAACAAUACCUUCAUCAACAACAGCAAAUGCAAAUGCAGCAGCAAAUGCAUCAGCAAUUCCAACAUCAUCAACAGUUUCACCAGCACAUGGCCACAGCGGCAGCAACGACUAGCCAGCCUCCUUCCAUCCAGUCAACAUCAGCCUCAUCUCCCACAGCCUCUUCUGCUUACCCUACAUCCUUAGGAAUGUCCGGAUCAUAUGUCGCAGCCACGGAAAAACUGAGGCAGGAUCUAGAGCUGGAGCAAAUGGAAAAUCAAAACUUAGACCGACAACUGCGUGAAACCCGCAAGAAGCUAGAAAAUGCUUUGCAGCUUCAGUCUCAGCUCGAAAACGACGUUGUGGACAUGGCAAAAGAAGUUGGCAAUCUACAAUCUCAGCUUAAAGAUUUAAAAAAAAAUAAGCGCGAUUUAGAAAACGAGCUUUCCCAAGAACAAGUCACCAAUGUUAAUGAAAAACAGCAAUGGCUUGAUAAGGAGCAGCAGUUUGAAAAAACUAUAGCAAAACUCAAGGAAGAAAAUGCAAAGCUCAAAGAAUCGUCUGAUCAUUCGGCUAAGGGAGCGGCUGCAUCGACUAGUGGUAGCCAUCACCAUAAGAUCUUCUCCAUUAAUGGCUUCGCCAACUUAAUGAGUGGUCAGGGGGCAACCACAGCAGCUGCAGCUGCUGGAGCUGCUGGAGCGUCGGCGACAGCAUCAACAUCCGCUGUACCGACACCUGUACCAGCGUCUUCUUCACAUCCCAAUAAAGAUCGGAUAAUAGAACGGCUAAAAAGCGAGCUCGAACAGCUCCAUCAACAAACUGAACUUGUGUCGCGCGAAUAUGCGCUGCGGCAUGACCAUAUUGAGAACGAGCUUCAGCAGCAAAAGAAUGUCGUGGGCCGGCUCAUGGAGGAAAACGAGGGGUUCCAGUACCUUUUGGCCGAAAAGGCCAUUCUUGGCGGGUUCGCGGUGACCAAUGAUGCAUCGCAACGCGAAGGGUCCCGUGCCGUAAGUACCUCCUCUUCCUCUUCUUCUUCUUCUUCUUCCUCGACAACAGACAAAAUUAAAACUGUGCCGCAUGUUGUCGUCCCCUCGGGCAACAGUCUAGCCGAUGAGCUCGACCGCAUUUCUCUUGCAAGUGCCGACGAUGAGUAUGAUGAUACAUUAACUUCCGACACAGCACCAGAAGUUAAAAAGCGCAUGAACGAUCUUGAGUUUGAGGCUCAAUCGCUUCGCAACCACAACAAAGCUCUCCAAUUGUCGCUUGAACGUCUUGUACAGCGACUCUUGGAAUUCAAGGAGUUUGAGAAUGAAGUUGAAACCUCUACGAUGUCAGGUAAUAUCAAUGCCCAAGCAAUUUCUCAGUUCCAAAGCCGUAUUGCUCGGGACGAAAAUAACUCAACUGGAGGCCGAACGCGCAACGGACGCACCAACAGCAUCACUAGCGUGGCAAGUGGAGGUGCAUUGUAUCCUGGUAUGAAAUCUGCUGCGUUCUUGGCAUCCGCCGGUGCUAAUGGUGGUGCAGAUAAUGCCCCACGGCAUGGUCCCCGCGACUCUGUAUCGUCCACACAUUCGUCGUUAUAUGGUCUAGGGGUUCCUUACGGAUCUAGCGGUGUUGGUGGUGCACGUGGAGGACGUCAGUUCAAGAACCCAGUCUUGUGGAACAAUAUGCUUCUUGGUGGCACCAGCGCGGUAGGUGGUGCUACUCACAGCAGUGGCUCGAGUCUGGUUAACGGGACCGUGGGUCAUAAUGCACGCAAUAGCGGACAGACUGUCAAUGGCAGCAGAAGUAGCAGCAGUUCGUUUAUGCUGCUAAGCAUUGACGGGGACUCGUCACCUAGCAGUGCAAGCAGCGACAGUGGUAGCAGUGGUAGCAGCAGUGGAAGUGACCGCAGCAGCCAUAGAAGCGAAAGCCCCAGCCGGAGCAGGAGCAGCUCCCGCAGCAGUUUACGCCAGCCAGCAGAUAUAGCUACAGCUGUACGUGGCAAGCCCCGGCGACCGAGUAUCACUGGCCAGCGUGGGUUCUUACCUCUGGCCAUGGCUCGUGAUGUAUAG